UUAGAGUUAAGCUUCAGACUUGAAUGUGUGCGGACGUGCUAGAAAAUCAGAAAUAAAACGCUUAGCGUAGAAAAUAUCAAAAACUGUGAUUACAUUCCCAUACUGAACAGCAAAUCUGUGAGAUCGUGCAACGCAUCGAAGGAAACCCAAUCAAUGUUAAGCAAAAUGGCUAGCAACACAAGCGGCGGGGGAGGUACCACUUCAGGCACUGGAACGGGACGUCGUCUGCCACUCUCGCUGAGCGGCGGUUCCACCGUCACGCGCUUGCAGCAAUCUUCUGGCAGCAACGGCCGCUCAAAUAGCCCCCAAAAUGGGAACAAAAAGAUCACAGAGUCAUUUUUGCCGGUAAAAAAGAGCAACCAACCGCGGACCACUUCGACUGGAUCCACCGGAUCCAGCCAGAACGGCGUAAGCAAGCCCACAAAUGGCAAAGAUAAGUCACAGAAUGGCAGCUCAACAGGCAAAGACCAGAAGGUAGAGAAAUCUAAAGAUAAGUUGCCGGAAAAGAAGGCAAAGGAAGUGGGUGCCGAGAAUAAGGAUAAGGAUGGCGCUGCCGAGAUGACAGAUAUGGAGGUUGUGGUCGAAAAUAAGCAAAAGGAGGUGGUAUCCGAAAAUAAGCAAAAUGAGGUGGUAUCUGAAAAUAAGGAAGUGGUAUCUGAAAAUAAGGAGGUGGUAUCCGAAAAUAAGGAGGUGGCUUCCGAAAAAAAGGUGGUGGUAGCUGAAGUUCCCUCCGACAAAGACGACAACGGAGAGACCAAAAAAGAUGAUGCUACCGUUGAGAGUACUGCUCCUGCUUCUCAAACGCCUGCGGAUGCUGCGGUAAUCAUCGAUGAAGUAGUGUUUAUUCCCGAUCUCAGCACUCCUACUAAGGAUCGCAAGUCUACACGCAAGUCGGGUAGCCAGCAAAAGUCACCCAUCAGCAAGGCAAGCAACGCUUCGCCUGUCCAGAAGAUAAAAACCGAAGCAGUUUCUUCAUCGACAUCGGGCUCUUUGACUCCACAAGAAGAUGUCGAUAUGGAACCGCUACAAGUGGAUGCCUCUCCCAUACGCAGCGUCCACGGCAAUUUGAAUGCCGUGCCGACGGCUACAUCCACGCCCGGACGCAGUCUCUUCAGUUUCCGUGGUAGCAACAAGCAAAGCACCGAGGUAGAGCUGGCUGCCCAGACUUCCAGCUCGCCGGCAGGAACUCCGGCUCGCACUUUCGCCCAGAUCAGCGGCAGGCGUAGCAUACGACCCAUCGACUCACUGACGCCCUCGAAAAUAGGCACCUACAGGUGCGGGAACAGCGAUCUGGACACCUCGAACUGCACGAACGCAAGCAUGAAUGCCACAGUCGGAUCAGAGAUCCCCAACAGCUCGUCAUUUUCAUUUUCAUUCUUUGGCCGUGGCCGCAAGCGUGAACGCACUCCCCCACCACUGACGGCCUCUCAGUCGACCAGUGACCUGGGCCACGACGUGGAUAUGUCGCCGCCAAAGCGCGCCCGCUUCGACUUGUUCAGCCUGAAUUUGGCUUCUCCCUUUAGCUUGCUGCGCUCGAGAUUCUCCAAGGCAACAAUCGGUACUCCGACCCGUCUGCGUCUGGAGCCGAACAGUUCCGGCGUGGAGGAGCAACAUCUGAACACAUCUACGACUGGCGUACCAGAAGAGGUUGAUGUGGAGGAGGAACAACCGGCCGAAGACGUGACCGUUGGUCAGGAGGCCGGAGCGGAGGAAAUCCCCGCCAAGAAGGAUGUCGAGGAUAAGAACGUCAAUGGCCAGGAUGGCGACAAGGAGUCCAGCGAUGGAGAAAACAUUGACCCUGUUGUAGAGGUGGCUGAUGUUGCCGCGGUCGCUGCCGAGGGCCGAUCCAUCUGCUCAAUUAUGUAAUACAACAGGCCAGACCACAUAAUACCCUUCCCUUAGUUGAUAAGAUUGUCUUAGCAUAUCUGUUUCACCCUCUUUGGUAAUUUAUGUUCUGACGUAAAGUAACAUGUUAAGAGAAAGUUUUAUAGCUAGGACUCGUCGGGUCGUUUUUCGUCAGGAAAAUCACCGUUCUGUCACAGAUUCCUUGCUGGUUGUCUCCUCGCGAACUCCCGGGUCGCAGACAACCACCGACGAAUCUGACGAUCUGUACCCAGGCAAAAGUGGGUACCAACCGUAGAAAACCCAUACUUGUAGUAAUCUGUUUAAGAAAUUUUUAUAUAAAACACAUAUUUGUGAAAGUCUUUUCGCCGAGUUCAUGUAUUGUUUCGCUAUAUC